UUCCUAGUGUUCUUCCAGAUCAUUUAUUUGUAUUUCUUAACACUGACUGUUUGGAUUUGACUAAUAUUUGGAUAUGACUGAUGUUUCAUCGUGAUUAAGUUUAUAUUAUUUAUGCCUUAGGAAUACCACAAAAGUGAUGCAGAAUUCUUGUCAUUGUACCCUAUCAGGAGACUGCUCUUGUCCAUUGUCCCAUUCUGGCUCUGUCAACUUUGACUGCUUGAUCAAGGUUAGUGCCUCUCAGAUUUCUCCACUCUACAAUUACUAUCUUACCCUUUGUAACUAAUAAGUGCCUUGUAGGGAGAUACUUUGAGAUGACAUAAAUAUUCUGUGACUCUUUAAAUUUUUACACAUUAGUUUUAGUAUCCAUGUUGUUUCUUGUUUGAAUCUAUUAUUAGGAUGGCUGUUCAAUGGUGAUUUUUCUGAUUCCAUCAUUGGAGAAUAAUUCCCUCAUUCCUUCUUCAUUUAUUAGUUGGAAUUAUGCUGAAAUGAGGAGCUUUCCCUCCUCCACCUCAUAUUUCUUCAUUUCCUUUCUUAUAUCACUGUGAAUUCAUAGGCUUUUUAUUAGGUUAUAAUCCUUUAACCAUCUUUUUUUGGGGAAUGGGGAGGAUGAUAAACUUGUUCCAGUUAUUGGCCUGUAGGGGUCCCUUAAAGCUGUUUCUGGUCCUUUUGUCAUGUCCCAUCAUUCUUUGAAAACUUCCUCACUUUUUGACAUGUUAAGAAGUUCCAGGCUCACUUUAUGUUUUCCCUGUUCCAACCAUGGAAUUAGCUGUUUCUCUAAGGAGUCUUUUCUCUAAUGGAGAAAUGUAUUAAUAAACCAACGUUUAAUCAUUGAUCCUGGGAGUAUCAUUGAUUUUAGGUCUUUUCAAUGGAUAGAGCUAGAAAAUAGAUGUAUGCAUAUGCAGACAUAUGCAUACAUGUGUGUAUUCAUAAAUGCACUUACAUAUGCCUGCAAACGCAUCUCUAUCCAUUUCUAUAGUUAUCUAUGUAUAUUAAUACCCACAAGUUCCCAGUGAGACCUCUGAUUUCAGUCUAACACCCUUGUUUUCAUUCUGUCAUUUGCUCUCACUUUCCUAUAUUUGUAGCUUUUUUCUAUUGACAGAUUCCUGGCUCCCAUUAUCUACAUUAUAUUUAUUAUUUCAUCAGUCACAGAAUUCACAGGGAGUAGUUUCAGAAUUGCUGACCCAUGCUUCUGCAAAAUAAAAUCCUAAUAAUGUUUUAUACAGUUUUUAAUUACAUGAAUAUAGGUCCUUUCACGUGGACAUAGUUAUAAGUGUAUGUACAUUGAUUGUAAUAUUGUGCACGAAUCUAAUUUUGACACAUCUCAUUUUGACUCCUGCUGGCAAAUCAUGAUAGAGCCCUGAAGAUUGUGUUCACAAUGAUUUGAAACCAUCAGCGAGCACUGGGAUAAAUGGGGCUGUGGUGGAGUGAUAUUAGCAAGAUGGCAGGCUAGGAAAUUUUAGACUCUCUUUGCUCCAUGGAAACAUCAAAAACAAAACCAAACCAGAUACACGUUAAAAUAACUUUAUAGGACCUCUCGAAUAUAAUUAAAAUCUACAGCAAUCAAGCACAAUGUCCAUUUUUUUGAAAGACACAUUUAAAAUGGUAGAAAAUCUUGUGUUUUUCACUUACUCCUGGCCCAGAACCUCUCUUCUGUUGCAUGAUACAUCAUAGUCUGAAGGAAGUAGCAGCCACUGUCCAGUUUGCUCCAUUAAAAUGGAGGGAGCAUAAGAUACUUUAUUUGCAGCAUACUAACCUGUCUGGGGCUACCUGAGGGACUGGUCUCUGCUUUGUUUGACUUGGAAUUCAGGUGGAGAAAACUGUCAUGUUUUCUCAGGUCUCAGGCUACAGUGGUAUUACAGACCCAGAGCUGCCUUGGGAAGAGAUUACAUGUGAAGAAUUAACAUAGAACAUCUAAAGCCCUGAAUUGAAAUUGGGGUGACACUGUAGGAAAUUAGGACAUUUAGAAGUAGCUACAUAUGUAGGGCAACACACACACACGCACGCACGAUGAAUGCUCAGACAAAACCUGAGGCAUCUGUAAACCUUUAUUCUGAGCUGAUCAUAACACUCAGAAUAGGCCCUGCUAGUAAAGGUCUUCACUGGCACACAACCAGUCUGCAAAACUAGAACAGGUGGACAUUUUUUCAAAUGCCCAGUUUUCACCAAAAAAUCAUAAGGCAUACAAAAAAAAUACGGCCCACUUACAGGAAGAAAAUAAAAUGGCAGAAAUAAUCUCUGAACAAACACAGGCUUCAGGUAUAGUAGUAUAAAGAAAUAGACAAAACAUUUUUUAAAACUGUCUUAAGCUCAAAAAGCUAAAGGAAAACACAAAGAACUAAAGGAAAUCAAGAAAAUGAUAUGUGAAUGAAAUGAGAAUAUCAACAAAAAGAAAUUGUAAAAAGGAACCAAAAGGAUUUUGGAGCUGAAAAAAUACAGUAACCGAAUUGACAAUUUACCAGAAGAAUUCAGCAGUAGAUUACAACAGGCAGAAGAAAGAAUCAGUGAACUUGAAGACAUGACAUUUGAAGUUAUUAUCUAAGGAGAAUGAAUUUUAAAAGUGAACAGAGUUUAAAGGACUAUGGGACACCUUCAAGUGGAUCAUGUGGUCCACUUUUUGGGAGUUCCAGAGGGAGAAGAGAGAGAGAGAUUAUUUGAAAAAAUAAUUACAAAAAUCUUCCCAAAUUUUAGGAAAGACAUGGAUCUAUAAAUCAAAGAAACUCAAAGAACUCCAAGUAGGAUAAAGCAAAAGAAACCUACACAGAAGCACAUUAUAAUCAAACUGUCAAAAGGGAAUGACAAAGAGAGACUCUUGAAAGCAGUAAGAGUAAAGUGGCUUGUAAUGUAUAAGGGAUUCACAAUAGGAUUAUCAGUGAAAUUCUCAGCAGAAACCUUGGAGGGUGACAUGAUAUAUUUAAAUAGGAAAAAAUAUCCUGCCACUUAAGAAUCCUACCUAUGGCAAAAUGGUCUCUAAAAACUGACGGAGGGGCAGUGUUGCCUGGUAUGUCCUGAAAACCUUCGUUGCUGCCGCUGCUGUCACCAUGGCUCGGGUCCAGACUGCACUACAGCCUCUCGGGAGACAUGGGCUCUUGGAACCUCUGUAGUGCUGGACUCUGGGCUGCAGGCAACCCCGUGGCAGCAGGAUAACAGAACCUCUAGAUGGACUCUUCCUGGGAAGCUUUGCCAAUUUGCAGCAGCUGGACCAUGUUCCUCAUUAACAUCUGUGUCAGCUUAAUCAUCACCUCAUUUCACUAUACUCUUAAGGCGAGUGGGCCGCUGGCAAGAUGUCCCUGCCCAUCGGGAUAUACCACCAGGCAUUCAGCUGUAAUGAUGCCCUUGAGGACCCUGUGCCCAUGAUUCCUCAGCCAUUAGUUGUGGGCUGCAUAACCUGGAAGCCAGUGAUUCCAGAGCACGAGUAUCAGCACUUCGCCAAGGUGGAGGAAGGAGAGGCCAGUCUACUUUCCCCUGCCAUGACCCUGUCAUCGGCCAGUGACAGUGUGGACAAGGUCCCAGUGGUGAAUACCAAAGCUACCCAUGUCAUCGUGAAUUCUCUGAUCACAAAACAGACCCCAGAAGGAAUUCAGCAUUUUGGGCGACAGGCAGGGCUGAGAGAUGCUGGCUACACACCCCACAAGGGCCUCACCACUGAGGAGACCAAAUAUCUUCGAGGCAAACUAAAACUACAGGACGGAGAGAACAAAGAAGAGACGCAGCCUGCCUCAACCCAGUCUACCCCAAGCACCACUCCUCACUCUUUCCCUAAACAGAGGCCCAGAGGUUGGUUUACUUCUGGUUCUUCCAUAGCCUUAUCCGGCCCAAAUCCUAGCACCAUGGAUGCUCGAAGUGGGGAUAAGGACAGAAACUUGUCAGAUAACUGGAGCCUCUUUGGACCGAGAUCCCUUCAGAAGUAUGAUUCCAGAAGUUUUGCAUCCAGACCUACUGAGGAGCCCAGAAGCCCAAUGGAACUGAUCCGUGCCCAGGCCAACCAAAUAGCUGAAGAUCUAGCAGCCUUGAAGCUGCCCAAGAUGGACAUCCCAGUGAUGGAAGGGAAGAAACAGCCACCAUGGACCCAUAAUCUCAAACCCCGUGACUUGAAUGUGCUCACAUCCACUGGCUUCUAGAGCUAUUUCUUUCCAGGGAUUCUGGUAAAGAGGGCUUCUUGUACCCACUCUCCUUUUGCCUUGGCUCUGACGUAGGAAAGGUAUUUUUAAAAACUGUUAAUUGGCUGGGCGCAGUGGCUCAUUCCUGUAAUCCCAGCACUUUGGGAGGCCAAGGCAGGUGGAUCACCUAA